AAUUAUCGGCCAAUAUCCUUAGUAUCAAAAUAUUCUAAAGUUAUGGAAAAAAUUUUGCAUUCAAAAAUAUCAAAGUUUUUUGAUGAGUGUGGCCUUUUUUUGCAUGUCAGUAUGGAUUUUAAAAAGAUUACCUACUCUACAAAGUUAGUGGUCUUAGACGUGAUGCAAUAUGCUUUGAAAAUGUUUUAUUUAAAGUUAUCUACAAUGUUUCAUAGAUAUUUCUAA